AUGUGGGGAGCCUGCUUGCUGCUGCUGGGCCUCAGCCUACAGAUGUCCCUGAGCCUCGUCCCAGUGGAGGAGGAGAACCCAGCAUUCUGGAACCGAAAGGCAGCCGAGGCCCUGGAGGCUGCCAAGAAGCUGCAGCCCAUUCAGACGUCAGCCAACAACCUCAUCAUCCUCAUGGGGGACGGGAUGGGGGUGUCCACAGUAACGGCUACCCGGAUACUAAAGGGACAGCAGCAAGGCCAUCUGGGACCUGAGACGCCACUAGCCAUGGACCGCUUCCCACACAUGGCUCUGUCCAAAACAUACAACACAGACAAGCAGGUCCCGGACAGCGCAGGCACAGGCACGGCCUUUCUCUGCGGGGUCAAAACCAAUAUGAAGGUCAUUGGCUUGAGUGCAGCUGCACGCUUUAAUCAGUGCAACACAACGUGGGGUAAUGAGGUCGUCUCGGUAAUGCACCGUGCUAAGAAAGCAGGGAAGUCUGUGGGAGUGGUGACCACCACAUCGGUGCAGCAUGCCUCUCCAGCCGGCACCUACGCACACACUGUGAACCGUAACUGGUACUCCGAUGCACACAUGUCCACUGCUGCACUACAGGAGGGCUGCAAGGACAUCGCCAUGCAGCUCAUCUCCAACACCGACAUUGAUGUGAUCCUCGGUGGUGGCCGCAAGUUCAUGUUUCCUAAGGGAACACCAGACCAGGAAUAUCCGACUGACCCUCAGCAAGCUGGAACCAGGCUGGAUGGACGCAAUCUAGUUCAGGAGUGGCUGGCAAAACACCAGGGUGCCCAGUAUGUUUGGAACCGCACAGAGCUCAUCCAGGCCUCCCUGAACAGAUCUGUGACACACCUCAUGGGCCUCUUUGAACCUAAUGACAUGAAAUACAACAUCGACCGAGACCCUACUCAGGAUCCCUCCCUGGCCGAGAUGACAGAGGUGGCCGUGCACAUGCUCAGCAGGAACCCCAAAGGCUUCUAUCUCUUUGUGGAAGGGGGCCGCAUCGACCAUGGUCACCAUGAAGCUAUAGCCUAUCGUGCACUGACUGAGGCUGUCAUGUUCGACUCAGCUGUUGACAAGGCAGAUAAGCUCACCAGUGAGAAGGACACGAUGAUCAUUGUCACCGCCGACCACUCUCAUGUUUUCUCUUUUGGUGGUUACACACAGAGAGAGGCCUCCAUUUUUGGGCUGGCUCCCUUCAAGGCUGGGGAUGGCAAAUCCUUUACCUCGAUUCUAUACGGCAAUGGUCCUGGCUACAAGCUCAAUAAUGGCAUCCGGGCUGAUGUCACCGAGGAAGAGAGCAGCAACCCCACGUACCAGCAGCAGGCGGCUGUACCCCUGUCGUCAGAGACCCACAGUGGGGAGGACGUGGCCAUAUUUGCGCGUGGCCCUCAGGCGCACCUGGUGCACGGAGUGCAGGAACAGAACUACAUCGCUCACGUCAUGGCCUUCGCAGGCUGCCUGGAGCCCUACACCGACUGCGGCCUUGCGCCCCCUGCUGGUCGGAGCAGUGCAGUGAGUCCAGGCUACAUCUCCACCUUGCUGUGCCUGUUGGCAGGGACAAUGUUGAUGCUGAUGGUGUCAGCUGAACCCUGA